UGUUGUGUAGUCUAUUCUCCUGGUCUCCCCAGGACAAACGGACAGGAACUGAAUCACUGAUGCAUUGGCCAGGCUGGACACAUUAUGAUAAGCAGGAUAUGAUGUCACACAAAAAGGAAGCUACAGAAAUGUUUUGAGUCUGUUCGAAUUUGUGUGUACAGACUGCUGUUUGUUUCUUAAAAGCAUAACAAAAAGACUGAGAGUGACUUUUUUUGUUGCCAAUCUUUGGACAAACCAAGGUGGAUAUGUGCUUUGGACUUGAGUGCUUUCUCCUGGGCAGUGUUUACAUUUUUAAAAAGCAGUUUUGGACCUGCACUAUUUAGAUCCGCACUGGCGUGUACCUGCUGGCCCUUCCGCAGAAAAGAAUAUGACAGACAGUUAGCACCCACCAAAGCCAUGGCAGCGGCUUACCUGAACCCCAACCUGACACAUGCCCUGAACCACGGGGUUAAGCCUCGCUUCAGUGCAGGGAUGGAGCGGACGGCUGGGGCUCUGGAGCGUGUGCUCAAAGUCUUCCACUACUUCGAGAGCAGUAGUGAACCCUGCACCUGGGCCAGCAACAUCAGGCACGGGGACUCCACUGAUAUUAGGGGCAUUAUACAGAAGAUAUUGGACAUCCAUAAAGUGCGGUGUGUGUCCUGCUUUGGCCUGCGUCUGAGUCACUUGAGGACAGGUGAAGUUCACUGGCUCCACCCCGACAUGGGUGUGUCUCAUGUGAGGGAGAGGUACGAGCACAGCCACCCCCAAGAUGACUGGAGGUGA